CCGUAUUAGGAGUCAACCUUCUUCGUCGUCGUCCAAAUACAGGGGAUUUACGGAGAAAAUAUGAACCAUUUACUAUUUGUUGGGUUCCUCUUGUCGUAUAUCUUCUUCUUCUUCUUCGUCUUCCAAUUUCGAGGAGACCCAACAACAACAACAACUAAAAUCAGCCAAGCAGCUGCAGAAAGAAAGAAAGUCGUUCAAUUCGAUCCCCUUUUUGCCGGCGACCCCCGUUUGUUUCAACCCAGUUCCCCUUUGUUUCCUCACCUUAUUGCCUUUCUUCGCAGCCGAAUCUCUGUCCACGGAAGUUCCAACGUAUCCCCCCCCCCCCCCACCCCCCUUUUCUUCUCCAUGUGCAACUUUUGUUGGCAGAAUUAGGGUUCUCUACCCUCGCCGAUUGAUUUUGGCGGUAUGGGUUUCGUUCCUACUUUCGUUCUAUCUUUGCCCUUCUGAUGAGAAUUGGGAAAGUUUGUUUCUUAUAUGCUUGCUUUGAUACCAUUUCAGUAAUCAGAGGAACCCAAUUUGCCAAUCUCUUUUCCUAAAUUAGGCGAACUGUAAUUCGUUAUCCUGCCUAUUUAUAGUAAAUUUAGGUUUAGGAAUUACUGACUAUAGAGCAUUUAGUAGAUGUGAUUAUGGCUGAUAGUUGGGAUGGGAGUUAUGACCAUGGAAGUCAAUCAGAAGAGAGCUACCAUUUUGAAAGACUCCACAUGGAGCCUAUCUAUGAUUCCUUCAUCUGUCCUUUAACCAAGCAAGUCAUGAAAGAUCCUGUCAGCUUGGAAAACGGCCAGACGUUCGACCGGGAGGGGAUCGAGAGAUGGUUCAAGGAAUGUAGGGACAGUGGGAGGAAGUUAGUGUGUCCAAUGACGCAGAAGGAGCUCAAGAGCAUUGAGCUGAACCCCAGCAUAGCUCUGCGACAUACCAUCGAAGAGUGGACCGCUAGGAAUGAAGCUGUUCAGCUCGACAUGGCGAGAAGGUCGUUGAAUUUGAGCAGUCCAGAGAGCGAGAUUCUUCAGUCGUUGCAAUAUAUUCAAUAUAUCUGUCAGAAGAGUCGGUUAAACAAGCAUGAUGUGAGGAACAACGAGCUGAUACCGAUGAUUGUUCUUAUGUUGAAGAGUAGCAGUAGGAGAGCAAGGUGUAGGGCGUUGGAGACUCUGCGAAUUGUGGUUGAAGAUGAUGCUGAUAAUAAGGCGAUAUUGGGGGAAGGCGACACAGUCCGCACAAUUGUGAAAUUCUUGUCACAUGAGCAAUCUAAAGAGAGGGAGCAAGCUGUCUCGUUGCUAUAUGAGCUCUCCAAAUUGGAAGCUUUGUGCGAGAAGAUCGGUUCAGUGAAUGGAGCGAUUCUGAUAUUGGUUGGAAUGACUAGCAGCAAGUCUGAAAAUGUUGCUACUGUUGAGAAGGCUGACAGAACACUGGAGAAUCUGGAGAAGUGUGAGAACAAUGUCCUGCAGAUGGCUGUAAACGGUAGACUGCAGCCUCUUCUGAAUCACAUUCUUGAAGGUCCACUGGAAACCAAGCUCUCAAUGGCAUCUUAUCUCGGCGAGCUAGUUCUCAACAAUGACGUCCAAGUUUUUGUGGCCAGAACUGUUGGCUCAUCUCUAAUCACCAUCAUGAGAAGUGGCAAUCCACAGUCGAGAGAAGCUUCACUGAAAGCUCUGAACCAGAUUUCGUGCUGCGAGAAAAGUGCCAGAAUCCUUAUCGAGGAAGGAAUCCUCCCACCACUCGUCAAGGACCUCUUCACCGUGGGUUCCAAUCAACUCCCCAUGCGUCUCAAAGAAGUCUCCGCCACAAUUCUCGCCAAUGUGGUCAACUCAGGGUAUGAAUUUGAUGUGAUCCAGGUUGGUUCAGAUCAUCAGACACUGGUUUCAGAAGAGAUAGUUCAUAAUUUGCUCCAUUUGAUCAGCAACACGGGACCCGGUAUUGAAUGCAAGCUUCUCCAGGUUCUGGUUGGGCUGACGUGUAGUCAAGCCACUGUUUUGAACGUGGUAGCUGCUAUCAAGAGCUCGGGAGCUAUCAUCAGCUUGGUUCAGUUCAUAGAAGCUCCACAGAAGGAUCUCCGGCUACCUUCCAUCAAACUUCUGCAGAAUUUGUCCCCUCACAUGGGACAAGAGCUGACAGAUGCACUGCGUGGCACGGUGGGCCAGCUUGGGAGCUUAAUCCGAGUGGUGUCGGAAAACUUGGGGAUCACAGAAGAGCAGGCUGCUGCUAUUGGUCUCUUAGCCGAGCUCCCUGAGCAAGAUUUAGGCCUCACUCGACAGAUGCUGGACGACAGAGCGUUCGAGCUGAUCUUCUCCAGAGUGGUGAAGAUCAGACAGGGUGAGAUUCGUGGGACCCGAUUUGUAACCCCAUUUCUCGAGGGACUGGUCAAAGUCCUUGCUCGGGUCACAUUCGUGCUGGGGGAAGAGCACGAUGCUGUGUCGUUUUGCCGCGAGCACGAGCUGGCUCGCUUGUUCAUUGAGCUGCUUCAGUCCAAUGGUCUCGACAAUGUUCAAAUGAGCUCGGCCGUGGCAUUGGAGAAUUUGUCCCAGGAGUCCAAGAACCUGACCAAACUGCCUGAUCUGCCCACCCCGAGCUUCUGUUCGUCGGUCUUCCCAUGUUUCAGCAGACCACCCGUGAUCACCGGGCUGUGUAGGCUCCACCGGGGGACAUGUUCCUUGAAGGAGACGUUUUGUCUGUUGGAAGGUCAGGGGGUCGAGAAACUGGUGGCCCUGUUGGAUCAUAACAACGAGAGAGUCGUCGAGGCAGCUCUUGCUGCUGUUUGCACGCUUCUGGAGGACGGUGUGGACAUCGAGCAAGGGAUGAAAGUGUUGUGUGAGGCGGAAGGGAUUCGACCGAUCAUCGAUGUGUUGGUUGAGAAGAGGACGGAGAAUCUGAGGAGGAGAGCUGUGUGGGCAAUGGAGAGGUUGUUGAGGUCCGAGGAGAUCGCGUACGAGAUUUCUGGGGAUAACAAUGUCGGGACUGCCCUCGUUGAUGCAUUUCAGCAUGCUGAUUACAGGACGAGGCAGAUUGCUGAGCGUGCGCUGAGACAUGUAGAUAAGAUACCCAACUUUUCUGGGGUGUUUCCCAACUUGGGUGGCGGUUGAAUGAAGAAAGCUAUUUUGAUUUACCUUGGAGCAGUUUUCUGAGUCCCAAGUAUGAUUAUUCCAUUCAGGGUUAGUUCUGUUUUUCUUGUUCUCUCGAGCUGCUGCAUAUAUAGUAUAGAUGUCUGCCUUGUUGUUGUAUAAUCGUGACCUGAUUUUUCUCCAGUUGUAGAGAAAUUUCCAAAUAGUUCAUUUGGGUUUUGUGCUUUAUGCUGCUUUUUACAAACAUACUGAAUUAUGGUUCGAAAAAUGUACUAAUAUAGGAGCAAGAUGAAUUUUUCAAGCUGUAAUGACGCCAGUAAUUG